AUUUUCGUUUCGAGUGAUUUGAGAUCCAGACCAAUGUCCCUAGUCCACUUCAACACAUUUUCCUUUUAGAUCCUUGCAUACAUAUAUAGUUAGUUACACAUACACAUUUCAGAUCUAACAUAACAAAACAAUUUACUCAAAUUCAAGUGAUCUCUCUCACAAUUGGUGAAUAACUUUACCAAUUUGAGAGAGGGAGAGAGACAGAGAGAUUUUGAGAGAGGGAGAGAGGCACACAGAGAGAUUUUUGAGAGAGGGAGAGAAGGCACACAGAGAGAUUUUGAGAGAGAGACACAAAGAGAAUUUGAGAGAGACAGAGAGAUUUUGAGAGAGAGUUGCAAUGGCUGGAAUAUUCGAGUACUUCGUGGUUUGUGGUAUCGGACCGGAGAUUCGAACACUGGAAGGCGAAAAAGGCUUUCACGGCACAUUAGUGAUGUACUUGCCGUCUCUUCUGGAUCAGUAUCCUCCUCCUAAUCACACUCUCUAUCCUCCCCCGCCUCCGCAGCUUCCUACUUGUGUUUUACCAGCUGGUGUUGAGUUUUAUGCGUCAGGAUAUGAUUCUAAUGAUUCAGCGACCUUUCCACGGAGUUAUCCUAUUGUUUUAACUGAGGGGGAUGGAACCAAGAUCUAUGUUAGUUGCAUUGCUUUCAGAGAUCCAGUAUGUGAUGAUAUCGCUGAAGCUUAUCAGAUUCCUGCGAACUCAUUUGCUGACAAAUGUAUUUGUUUUGUAUCACGCUCUCCUAGUUUCAAUAUACUUCGAGAUGCUUUGGAAGAAUUAUAUGUGCUUUGUUUUUCCUCGAGUGGUAGUAGCAAGCCAUUAUGGGAUGUUAUAGCACAUACGGUUUCGAAUGUACCUUUGCCAACCCCCGGAAAGGAUAGGCUCCUGUUUGCUAUUGAGAAUAGCCUUCUUGCUGUUGAGGUUCCACCGAUGAACGGGUUACCUCAUGCUGAUAUAUCAUUUCAGCCAUUAUUGCAGUGCUUGGAUGUUGAUAAUUUCAUUAUGCUAUUUACAGCUGUUCUGAUUGAAAGGAGGAUUUUAAUUCGAUCAAACAAGUACUCUCUGUUAACUCUUGCAUCAGAAGCCAUAUGCCACUUAAUAUAUCCAUUCCGGUGGCAGCAUGUGUACAUUCCGUUACUAUUUUUCAGUGGAGUUGAUUAUAUUGAUGCUCCCACACCCUAUAUGAUGGGACUUCAUUCUGGUGUCGAUACUUAUGGUUUGUCAAUGGAUGGGGUAGUGGUUGUCGACCUUGACAUCAAUCGCAUCACUACAUCAGAAGAUAUUCCUCCUGUACCAGAGCCAGAAUAUAGUUCUUUACGUGGCGAGAUAUUAAAACUAUUAUGUCCAAAUGUUAUGGGGAUAGACUUGAUGAAAAUCAAUCCAGGGAGUUCUCUGGAGCAAAAUCCUAAAGCUGGCAGGCUCUGGGGACCAGAUCAUGACCUUCAGUUGAGGUUAAUAUUCUUAAAAUUCUUUGCAUCGCUUUUAGGUGGCUAUCGCAAUUUCAUAGAAAAUACCGCAACUCAGGUCUUUAACAAUCAGGCAUUCUUGAGGAAGCGCUCUCGGUUAACUAACCAGCCCCCAGAUCCAAUGAUUACCCAGUUUCUAGAAUCUCAAGGCUUUUUAGACUAUUUGGAAAGAGGCCUUGGCUCUGAUGAAAAUAGUAACAACCUUCUUGACAAAUUACAAGAUGCAAUUGGAAGAGGUCAAAAUCCUUUAUCAAUUCUUCCAUCAGAUUUAGAAGAGCGCGAGAUUAUUACUAUCUCUGAUUCUGGUGUGGGCAUAUCAGGAUCUGGUGCAAAGUAUUGUUAUGACAGGUUUCCUGCAAACAGCAGAACUGAAGAGCAGGAAGAAAAGAGGAAGCAGAUUUUAGCAACAGCAAGUGGAGCUCUUGAUUCUGGAAAGCAGCUGUCUGGUUCACCGUCUGUGCUUGCUGCGGGCAAGGACUCGAAAGCUGAAAGUCUAAGUCCAAGGGAGAGAGCUGCUGAACGUGAGCGUAUGGUUUUAGACAUAAAGGUUAAGCUUCAGGGGCUAUGGCUACGUCUCUUAAAAUUAGGAUCAACUGAUGAUCCGCUCUCGUCUUUUGAGUAUGGAACAAUUCUCGCUUUAAUUGAGUCAGAUGCAGAGGGUAUUGGUGGUAGUGGCUUUGUUGAAUGUAUAAGGGAGCAUAUUCAUUCAGGAUGGCUUUGUCAAUUGACUGAUGAACAGUUUAUUGCAGUCAAAGAACUGCUCAAAACGGCUAUCAGUCGUGCUACCUCGCGGAAUGACAUGGCAACUGUUAGGGAUGCCCUCGAAGUGUCUGCUGAAAUGUUCAAAAAAGACACAAAUAAUGUUUCAGACUUUGUUCAGAGACAUCUCCGUUCUCUUACCAUAUGGGAAGAGUUACGUUUCUGGGAAGGAUAUUUCGAGUAUCUGAUGGAGCGCUUCUCAAACAAAUCAGCCAAUUAUGCAACACUAGUUACAACCCAGUUAAUCAUAGUGGCAACACACAUGGCUGGGUUAGGACUUCCUGAUAAUGAUGCGUGGUACAUGAUUGAAACAAUAGCUGGGAAGAACAACAUUGGUUACAAGCAUAUUAUAAAACUGCGGGGAUAUUUGUCUCAUAUUCAGCAAAUAUGUAUUGGUUACUGGGGCAUUUAUUCUAUCAAGUCCCAGUCUGCUGCUUCUUAUGGAUUUCCCACUCCACAUUUACAAGACUCCGCUGAUGACAGCCAACAACCUACUGAAGCUUCCGGAGUUGGAAGGAGCUGGGUCCAAAGCAUGUUUAGCCGUGAUCCAUCAUUGCGAGGAAACUCCUUAAGUCGUGUUCGUAAAUGGACUUCUGACGGCGGCAGUUUAGCAAAUGAGAAUGGAACACGUAAACCUGAUUUAUCUUCUGGAGGACAAAAGAAAAUACAAACCAGCAUUCGAACACUUAGGGGUCAUAGUGGUGCCGUAACAGCUCUACAUUGUGUAACAAGUAGAGAAGUUUGGGACUUGGUCGGCGACCGAGAAGAUGCUGGUUUCUUUAUAAGUGGAAGCACAGAUUGUACUGUCAGGAUUUGGGAUCCUAGUGUCCGUGGUUCUGAACUCAGGGCAACAUUAAAAGGCCACACAAGAACAGUGAGGUCUAUAAAUUCUGACCGAGGAAAGGUUGUAUCAGGUUCAGAUGAUUAUUCUGUUCUUGUGUGGGAUAAGCAGACAACUCAGCUUCUUGAAGAGCUUAAAGGGCAUGAUGCACCAGUUAGCUGUGUGCGCAUGCUGUCGGGCGAGCGUGUUCUCACUGCAGCACAUGAUGGCACUGUAAAGAUGUGGGAUGUAAGAACUGAUACAUGUGUAGCAACUGUGGGUCGGUACUCAAGUGCUGUUCUAUGCAUGGAAUAUGAUGAUUCCACAGGGAUAAUGGCUGCUGCAGGCAGAGAUGCAGUUGCAAACAUUUGGGACAUCCGUGCUGGUAGGCCGAUGCACAAGCUUUUGGGUCACUCGAAAUGGAUCAGGUCCCUGAGAAUGGUUGGAGACACUCUCAUUACUGGUAGUGAUGAUUGGACAGCACGAUUGUGGUCUAUCUCACAGGGAACAUGUGAUGCAGUGUUGGCUUGCCAUGGAGGUCCAAUCCUAUGUGUAGAUUACUCUGCUUCUGAUAGAGGAAUAAUAACAGGUUCAACUGAUGGCCUAGUACGAUUUUGGGAAAACGAGGAGGGAGGUUUGAAGUGUGUAAAGAAUGUCACAGUCCACAAUGGAUCUAUAUUAUCUAUUAAUGCUGGGGAACACUGGUUAGGAAUAGGAGCAGCUGAUAAUUCAAUGUCCCUCUUCCAUCGGCCUCAAGAGAGACUCGGCGGCCUCUCUAGUUCAGGAGGAAAACUGGGCGGGUGGCAACUCUACAGAACACCCCAGAGAACUGUUGCAAUGGUCAGAUGUGUUGCUUCCGACCUUGAGAGAAAAAGGAUCUGCAGUGGUGGACGUAAUGGGAUGCUUCGACUUUGGGAUGCCACGAUUAACAUAUAAUUUACCACCUUUUCCUCGAUUAUGUAAUUUUGUAUCUAGUCUAGUUAUAAGUAGCAAGCAUGUAGUAUUUGAGUGUUCAAAAGAGCUUCCAUUUCUAUACAAUACAUUUAACUGAAAGAAAUUUUGUUAGCAUCUCAAUUGUGUCAAUUGUAUUAUGAUCUUAAAUAGUGACACCAAAUUUGUGGAGUUGGGCUUUAAGUUUUGCUUAUACAUUUGAAAAAUCUGUAACUUUAUGAGUAUUACUUACUACUAUUUGAACUAGUAUUAUGAUUCAUUUUUGCA